UCAGCAGUGUCUGAGUGGGAUUUGCUUCUUCCUCUGCGCUGCAGGCUCCACAUUCAGCACCUGCUCCCUGUCCCCCCUGCACUGCCCUCUUCAUCCUCCAGGUGGAGCCAGCACUCCCCUCUCAGUGCAGGUAAGGCUCCAAGCCCCAUAGACUUGGCCAGACUCUGGUCUGAGUUGAGCCAUUGAGUUCACAGCAGUGCUGGGUGUGACCUGCAGAGCUGACACUGUGUGCUGCUGGAUCUAUACCCUGAAGCUGCUCAGCCAGUGCAGUGUGCAUGCUGCAGGUGUCCCCUUACCCCUCCACCCACUGGCCCACUUUGGAUUACAUUACAGCAGCUGUACAGAAAGAAGAAUUACUCCAGAGGAGCUGACAGCGCAGCCUGGGAAUCCAGCAUGAGGAGUACAGUGACAGCAGGGGGACGCUGGCUGGUGGCGCUGGGCACUCUUCUCCUUCUGGAUCUCACUUUGGCGUUGGUGGAGGUCCAUGUGGAGCAGAAAUCGGUGACGGCGGUGGAGGGACACGGUAUUACUCUCCCCGUUUGGUACUCCAGCAGCUCUGAAGAAAAGCCAUAUGUAAUAUGGUUCAUACAGCGUGAUCAGAUGGAGCAGGUGCAGAUCUUGAAAUACAUGGAUGGAGAGACUUCCGUGGCUUCGGAUUUUAAAAAUCGCCUGAGCUUCGCCCAUGCCAUGCCGGUGAGGAACAUCUCCAUCGUCAUCAAUAGGACGUUGGCGACGGAUGCGGGAAAGUACCAAUGUUACGUCAAUCUGAAAAACGACGAAAGCAUCGGCAGCAGCAACAUCGGGGUGGUGGAUGUGUCCAUCCUGGUUCCUCCUUCUAAACCCACCUGCCAACUAAAUGGAAGUCCGUAUAUUGGUGCCAACAUCACCCUCAGCUGCCGGUCAUCGUCGGGGCAACCGAAUCCCAACUACUCCUGGAUAAAGAAAGCCACGACCAAUGUGGUAUUCUUCCCGCCAGCCCACGAUUCUGUGAAGGGGACCUUAACUCUGACGAAUAUUACCAGUGAACACAGUGGAACUUAUGUGUGUACAUCCAAGAACACGGCCGGUGUGGCGGAGUGUAAUAUCACAAUGGAGGUCACCUCAGCGUCCAGAGUGGCCAUCAUAGUCGGGGCUGUGGUCGGGUCGAUUGUCGGUUUGUGCUGCCUGGCCAUCUUGAUAACUGUGUUGAUCUAUUUAUACCGACGGCAGAAGAAGGAAGCUCAGGACGAGAUAGAGAAUGAUAUUAAGGAGGACGCAGCGGCCCCGAAAACGCUCACCUGGGCCAAAGCAAAUGGGUCAGAGCUUACUUUCAAAAACGGCACCCUAUCCUCCAUGAACAGCAACCGGGACCACAAGCCUUACCCUCCCAAAUCCCCCUCUGACACCACCUCCAUAAAUACCGCAACAGGCAGCACUGCCGGCUACAGACCCCCCUAUAUCAGCGACAGAGUCCGAGUCACAACACCGACCCCUAGUAUGUCCAGCCAGUCCCUGCCCUCGUACAUGGCGCCAAUAAAUGGCAACUACUACACUACCGCCGUGCCAACAAACAGAAGCUCCACCCAGAAAACAAAUGGCGUGGAACAGCAAGCUCCCAGGAAGGAUUUAAACGUUUCGUCUGGGGUGACUGCGUCCAAUCUGGUGCGCAUGGGGGCCGUGCCCGUUAUGGUUCCAGCUCAGAGUCAGGCGGGGUCCUUGGUGUGAACCGGAUCAGUAUUAUUUAUGACUGAAUGUUUACAAGACUAAGCAGCCAACGUUGAUCUAAAAAAAAAUCUUCAUUCCGCACCGAUAUGGGCGAUGUAUCCUACUGAUUUCCCAAGACAAGCUGGAUCUUAACGGCCAAUGGGAUCUUCCCUCUGUGUCCUUACAAUGCAUCCACAUCUGUUCUGUCACCUGCAGACCCUCCCAGUUCUCACGUUUGUGAAAUGACCCAUCACUGUCCAAAGCACCGUUUUAUAUUCACAGACGAGCACUUAACUCGAGUCCUUACUUUUUUAUAUUUUGUAAUUUUAUCCUUUUUGCUGCAACAUAUUGACAUUUGAGAAGAAACCGGCUCGUUGGAAAAGUCAAGUGUUUUUUUUUUCUACGGACAAUCCUAAAAAAAAAUUACAGCCUAACUAAAUCAGCUAAAUACAUUCAGAGGCAUCAAAACCUAAAAUGUGUGUUUUGCUUUAAAAGGCAUUCACAGCCUGAGUAGAAAAACCUGUCCCCUGCCAGCAUGCUGCAGAGAAGGGCUCUUGCUCUCUUUAUGGAAGCAGUGGUCUCUCUGCAAAGGGCUGACAUGCCCCCUGCUGAGUCUGACCUAUAGCUUUGCAAUCAGUAAAAUGCAUAAUUGGAGAGCGCUAGCUCUGACUCAGCAGGGGGUGUGUGGGAAUUCUGCAGGGAGACCACUGUUUUCACAUAGAGAG